GCCCCAGACCCGAAUCCUGCCUGGAGAGCUGGGAGGCUAACGGUUUGGCCCCGAACCCGAGGAGCGAUAUGGAUAAAAGGCAGGAAAGCGCGGGUGUGAAGUGCACUGGAAUGGCGGAGGAGAGUGCGGUGCAAGUGUGUGUCCGGCUGAGACCUCCCAACGCCAGAGAGAAAUCUUUACAAGGAGGAUCUGGUACACACCCAGAAGUUCAUUGGAAAACUGAGAACCAAACUAUUUCCCAGAUUAAUGGGGGCAAAUCAUUCAGUUUUGACCGUGUAUUCCAUGAAAAUGAGACAACACAAACUAUUUAUACUGAAGUUGCACAUUCUAUAGUGUGCUCUAUAACUGAAGGCUAUAAUGGCACUAUUUUUGCAUAUGGACAGACUUCAUCUGGAAAGACUUAUACAAUGAUGGGAAAUGCAAAUACUCCUGGUCUUAUUCCUUUGGCAAUCCGUAAUUUAUUCAAAGUUAUUAAUGAUAUGCAAAACAGAGAAUUUCUGUUGCGUGUCUCUUACCUAGAAAUUUAUAAUGAGUCUGUAUCAGAUUUACUUAGUGAUUCAAAAGGAAAACCUCUGGAAAUUAGGGAAGAUAUGGAAAGAACCAUUUAUGUUGCUGAGCUAAUUGAAGAAGUUGCUGUAUCAUUUGAGGAUGUAAUGAAGUGGGUCAAAAAAGGGGAAAGAAACAGGCAUUAUGGGGAAACAAAGAUGAAUGAACGUAGUAGCCGAUCACAUACAAUUUUUAGAGUGAUUGUGGAAAGCAGGGAUAAAGAUAAUGAAGCAGUUAAGGUUGCACAUCUGAAUUUGGUCGAUCUGGCAGGCAGUGAACGAGCCAGUCAAACAGGAGCAGAAGGUGUCCGUUUAAAGGAAGGAUGCAACAUCAACCGUAGUUUGUUUAUACUUGGUCAAGUUAUUAAGAAGCUUAGUGAUGGACAAUCUGGAUUUCUAAAUUAUAGGGACAGUAAACUGACUCGAAUUCUGCAAAACUCAUUAGGAGGCAAUGCAAGAACAUUAAUUAUUUGCACAAUUGCUCCAUGCGCCUUUGAGGAAUCUCUCAGUACUCUUCAGUUUGCAAGCACUGCCAAAUUCAUGAAGAACACACCUCAUGUGAAUGAAGUGUUGGACGACCAAGCAAUGUUGAAACGCUAUCGCAAAGAAAUAAUGGAUCUGAAAAACCAUCUGGAGGAACUUACUUCAGAAACUCGUGUUCAUGAAAUGGAGAAAGCUCAGCUUUUGUCAGAAAAAUAUCAUCUUCAGCUGGAGCAUGAACAAAAAAUAAAGAACUUGACAAGAAUGCUUGUCAGAGUCUCGCCUGAUGAGGACCAACUUUCUGCAAAGGCCAGAAGAAAAAGGAGAUUUACCUGGGCUCCUGGAAAAGUGCGAGCCAGUUUGACUACUGCGACAGAUAACGCUACAAAAAUGAUAAAACUGGAUGAAGCCUUUCAAGAGCUAGAUGAGUUGCCUGAAGAGAUUCCAGAUGAUCAGCAGUCUGAUGUGAUGCCAGGGUGCAGUAGUCAGAUCACAGUAAGACGAGGAGGAAGCUUGGGUUAUCAGGUGCCUUCAUUUGAGGAUUCUCUAUACUUCCGCGAUCAAAGCCAGAUCUCAUUUACUGGUACUCUGUAUGAUGAAUCACCAAAUGAUGAUUUGAAAAAAAGAAUUUUGGAGCUGGAAAAUGAGCUGGGGAAAGAGCUGGACUUGACAAAAGAGAAGGAAAAGCAAAAUGUGCACUUAAAGUGCGAUGUAGAAAGUUUAAAGAUGGAGAACGAUAAGCAUAAAGAGGAGAUCCGACAAUUAAAACAAUUCCUGGAAGAGAAAGAGAGGACUGAAAAAUACUUCAAAAUGGAAAAUGACAAACAAAAUGAUGAAAUCGAAGAACUGAAAAGGCUGAGAGAUGGCUAUGAAGAGAGGCGUGAAAUUGAAGAGUUUGAAUUCUUGGAAAAAGUUGUUGAGAAAGAAGAAAAGGCACAGCAAAAACAUGAAAUUGCAAAGUUAAAAGAACUGGUUCGCAAUUCUGAGGUUUACAACCAGGAACUGGAGGCUGAACUGAAAACUAAAACUGACCGAUUGAAAGACCAGGAGCAGAAACUACUUCUUCUUCAAAAGCGACUGGAUGAACUAAAACAGUUGUCAGAUGGCCAAGUGGAUCUGGAGACAUUAAUAGAUCAGAACAAACAUCUACAACAGUCAUUGAACGAUGCAGAAGUUGUGACCUGUGAUGCAAAGAAAAAGUCUGCUAUUCUGAGGAGUGAAAAUCUGGAGCUCAAAGAAACCAUGAGUGAAAUGACAAUGAAAUAUCAACAGAUGGAAAAAGAUGUCCAAUUGUACUGCAAAAAGCUGGAUACUGAACAGUCACGCUACAAACAAAUGCAAUCUGAUUUGCAGAAAGAGUUGAAAUUUGUUUACAGUGAAAAUAUCAAACUAACAUCUCUUCUGGAUGGGAAAGUUCCUAAAGAUGUAUUGGAUCGUAUUCAACUGGAAAAGAGCGUUGCUGAUCUUAAUCAACAGUUGGAGAAAGCAGGAAAAGAAAACAUCAGACUGCAACAAGAAGUGGCCUUUUUAUCUCAAAACAAUUUGUUGCCAGAGAAAAUAGAUGAAUUAGAAAAACAGGUUUUAAAGUUAACGGAAGAACUGAAUGGUGUCACCUCUGAACGUGAUAACUUAUUAAUUGGCAAAGAAGAAAAUGAUAACCAACUUGCAAACUUGCGGGGAGAAGUCUCACUGAUUGUUCAAGAAAGGGACAAACUCCAAGAAGCAGUGACCAGCCUUCAAAAUGAGAGGAUUCAUCAGGAAAAUUUGAACGCUGAACAGCAGAACAAAAUACAAUGUAGAAUGGAAAGCUUCAAAACAGAAUUAGGAUUGUACUGCAGACAACUUGAAGAAGAGAGAGCUAAAUGUUUACAACUUCAGCAUAACAUUGAAGACAAAGAAGGAAAAGUUAAAGAGCUGGAACAACAGCUAACACAUGAGAUUGCAAAGCAAAAUGAAAUAAAUGAUAAACUUUCUAAAGCAUCAGAAGAUAUUAAAUUACUUAAUGAAGUGAAAGAAGAGCUGAUGACUAAAUUACAAGUUUUAACAAAAGACAAUGAAGAAUUGGCAAUGUUGCAACCCAAGUCCCAAAAGGACGAAGACCUUCUAAAUGUGAGCAGUGCGGUUGAAACAACUGAGAUAAAGAAUUUAACUGAACAGCUUCUCAUUCUUGAGGAAAAUUGCAAGACUAUCAGUGAAGAGAAAGAGAACCUAUAUAAAGAAUUGUUGGGUCUUCAGGCUGAGAGGGAUCAAUUGAAAUGUGAUCUUCAAGAUAAUAUUGAAAUGUCUAUAGAGAAUCAAGCAGAAUUGAGAAGGCUACAUGACAAAGUGAAACUGAACCAAGAUGUGGAGGUAGAACUAAAGAAAAGUCUGGCUGACAAAGAGUUCUUGAUAAAUGAAGAGAAGAAAAAGGCCAAUGAGGCAUUGGAUCGUGCACAAGAGGAAGUGCAGUACCAGCAGCAGCUAGUGAAGGAACUAAAAAUUGAAAUUCAGGAAAAAAAAGACCUAUUGUUGAACAUUCAAACAAAUAAUCCUGAAAUAGUUGAUAAAAAGAAGGUAGCUGAUGAACUCUAUUGUUUGGAGGCUGAGCGUAAAGCAUUACUCACUGAGAUUGAGGAGCUAAGAGUUCAUGCUUUCAAAGACCAGGAAGCAGAAAUUCAGAAAGAGCAGUUAAAACAGCAGGUCCAGCAACUGGAGAAUGACAAAUUAACCUUAUCACAGCAGAAAGAUAAUCUCCUGGAGACACUGAAAUGUAUCAGAGCAGAAAAAGAUGAAAUGAAGAAAGUACUGGAAGAGAAAACUGAGGUGACACAAAAGCAAGGUGAGGAACUUCUUCACACAGUGUCUCAGCGUGACAUGUUGCUUGCUGAGAUCGAAAGGCUGAAAGAUCAUCUUUCCAAAGAAAAAAAAGCAGCAAGUUUGGAAGAUGAAUUCAGCCAGAAGCUCCAGCAUCUGGAGAAUGAAAAAUCAUCCUUGGUAACUGAAAGAGACGAGUUCCUUGAAAAGCUCAGAUGUAUUCAAGUGGAAAAGGAAGAAAUGAAAAUACUGCAUGGAAAUGCUGAAAUGGUGCAAAAGCAGGCUGAGGAACUUCAUCUAAAUUCUCUGCUUGAUGUACAGCUUGAUGAAAUCAAAAAGCUGAGAGCUCAGGUUUCAAAAGAACAUGAAGCAGUAAUGCAGGAAGAUGAAUUUAACCAGCAGUUCCAGCAACUAGAGGAGGAAAAAUCCUGUUUGCUGAAGGAAAGGGAUGAACUCCAGGAGAUGCUGAAAUGUGUCAAAGCAGAACAAGAUGAGAUGAAAAAAAUCCUACAAGAAAACUCUGUGGUGGCACAAAAGCAAGAGGAGGAGCUUCACCAUACAGUCUCUCAACGUGACAUGUUGCUUGAUGAGAUCAAAACGCUGAGAGCUUGCGUUGCAAAUGAGGAGCAGGUAGAAAUUCGGGAAAAAGAAUUCAAUCAGCAAAUGCAGCAGCUGAAGGAUGAAAAAUCCUGUUUGCUGAAGGAAAGGGAUGAACUUCAGGAAAUGCUGAAUGUUGUCAAAGCAAAUCAAGCUGAGAUGAAAAAAGUCCUGCACGAAAACUCUGUGCUGGCACAAAAGCAAGAGGAGGAGCUUCACCAUACAGUCUCUCAACGUGACAUGUUGCUUGAUGAGAUCAAAACGCUGAGAGCUUGCGUUGCAAAUGAGGAGCAGGUAGAAAUUCGGGAAAAAGAAUUCAAUCAGCAAAUGCAGCAGCUGAAGGAUGAAAAAUCCUGUUUGCUGAAGGAAAGGGAUGAACUUCAGGAAAUGCUGAAUGUUGUCAACGCAAAUCAAGCUGAGAUGAAAAAAGUCCUGCAAGAAAACUCUGUGCUGGCACUAAAGCAAGAGGAGGAACUUCACCACACAGUGUCUCAGCGUGACCUGUUGCUUGCUGAGAUCGAAACGCUGAGAGCUCGUGUUUCUAAAGAGGAGGAGCUAGAACUUCAAGAAAAAGAAGUCAGUCAGCGGUUCCAGCAACUGGAGGAUGAAAAAUCCUGUUUACUAAAAGAAAGGGAUGAACUUCAGGAGAUGCUGAAAUGUAUCAAAGCAGAACAAGGUGAAAUGAAAACAGUCCUGCAAGAAAAUUCUGAGAUGACACAAAAACAAGAGGAGGAGCUUCACCGCACAGUCUCUCAGCGUGACAUGUUGCUUGCUGAGAUUGAAAGGCUGAGAUCCAGUGUUUCCAAAGAGGAAGAGGUAGAAAUUCGGGAAAGAGAAUUCUAUCAGCAGUUCCAGCAGCUGGAGGGUGAAAAAUCACAUUUGAUAAAGGAAAGGGAUGAACUCCAGAAGAUGCUGAAAGUAAUCAAAGCAGAACAAGAUGAAAUGAAAAAAGUCCUGCAAGAAAAUUCUGAGGUGACACAAAAACAAGAGGAGGAACUUCACCGCACAGCCUCUCAACGUGACAUGUUGCUUGCUGAGAUCAAAACGCUGAGAUCCCGUGUUUCCAAAGAGGAGGAGGUAGAAAUUCGGGAAAAAGAAUUCAAUCAACGGAUCCAGCAGCUGGAGGAUGAAAAGUCCUGCUUGCUAAAGGAAAGGGAUGAACUUCAGGAGAAGCUGAAAUGUAUCAAAGUCGAACAAGAAGAAAUGAAAAAAGCCCUGCCAGAAAGCUCUGAGGUGCUUAUGAUGGAGGAAAGUAGAGAUGAAGAACUUAGUAAAAUGGACACGAGCCUUGAGAAACAAAUUGUUUCUUUGAAGGACAAGACACUAACAGAAUGCCUUACCCCAGAAAAUGAGGAAGUUGAAGCAGAAAUUAAUAAGCUUUCUAAUCAUCUACAGGAGAAAGAUAGUCUUUUGCAGGAAACAAUUCAAAGUUUAUUCCAAAUGGAAAAUGAGUACAAGAUUGAACUAGCUAAAACUGACCAACAGCUGUCAAGAGAGGGGGAAGAAUGGAAUGAGCUACUGGUCAAAUUUUGUUCCAUGUUCCCCGAAGAGUCAACAGAAUCAAUAAGCAUUAAGAAACUACAGGAAGAGAAUCAAAAAGUAUAUGAACAGCUUGUGUUGUGGAGGAGUCAUUUUUUGAGAGUGAUGAGUACUGUUCCUCAGAACAAAAAGCGGUAUCAGGUCCAAAUAACUGAAUGUGACUUGUGCCUAGCAGAUGAGAAAAAAAAGAAUAAGGAAUUGUGUAUACAGUUGCAGGCUUUGAAGAACCAUGUUUCUGACUCUCCUAUGCUGGAGUUAACUUUGGAAGAGAAGAAUCCUGAAAUACUGCGACUUUCUACUUUAAUUAAUUUCAAAGAAAAUCACUUGAUGAAUGCCCAGCAGACUUUAUCAGAUUUGAAACUAAAAUAUGAAAACCAUCUGAGAAGCACAAAGAAUGGAUUAUCGUCCAAGGCAGAAGCUCGAAAGGUUCUACAGGAAAGAAUUUCUAAUACAUCUUUUACAAAUGCUUCAAAGACAAUUGAAGACAUUGAAGAUAGAAUACGGAUACUAAAUCAAGACCUUCAACUUCAAAAUGAAACAGUUCGGAAUGAAGCUACAUUUUUCAGGUCAAGGCAGAAUGGAUAUGUAAUGUACAUCAGGAAUACUUGGAAUCAGGUGGAUAAUCAGAAGAAAGAGAAUGAGAAGCUGCUUUUGGAAAUUGAAACUGUCAGACAGCAAUCUUUCAACAAAAAUGGCUCUGAUCCAGUAUUGGCCAUGGAGAACCAGAAACUGAAGGAAAAAAUGAAGACAGAUGAACAAUUGUUUCAGGCACAAAAACCAGAGGAGGAACUUCACCACACAGUCUCUCAGCGUGACAUGUUGCUUGCUGAAAUUGAAAGGCUGAGAUCUCGUGUUUCCAAAGAGGAGGUAGAAAUUCAGAAAAAAGAAUUCAAUCAACGGAUCCAGCAGCUGGAGGAUGAAAAGUCCUGCUUGCUAAAGGAAAGGGAUGAACUUCAGGAGAAGCUGAAAUGUAUCAAAGUCGAACAAGAAGAAAUGAAAAAAGCCCUGCCAGAAAGCUCUGGGGUGCUUAAGAUGGAGAAAAGAAGAGAUGAAGAACUUAGUAAAAUGGACACGAGUCUUGAAAAACAAGUUUUUGAUUUGAAAGACAAAACACUAACUGAAUCCACUACUCCAGAAAAUAAGGAAAUUGAAGCAGAAAUUAAUAUGCUUUCUAAUCAUCUACAGGAGAAAGAUCAUCUUUUCCAGGAAACAAUUCAAAGUUUAUUCCAAAUGGAAAAUGAGUACAAGAUUGAACUAGCUAAAACUGACCAACAGCUGUCAAGAGAGGGGGAAGAAUGGAAUGAGCUACUGGUCAAAUUUUGUUCCAUGUUCCCCGAAGAGUCAACAGAAUCAAUAAGCAUUAAGAAACUACAGGAAGAGAAUCAAAAAGUAUAUGAACAGCUUGUGUUGUGGAGGAGUCAUUUUUUGAGAGUGAUGAGUACUGUUCCUCAGAACAUAAAGCGAUAUCAAGUCCCAAUAACUGAAUGUGACUUGGGUCUAGCAGAUGAGCAAAAAAGGAAUGGGGAAUUGUCUAUACAGUUGCAAUCUUUGAAGAACCAUGUUUCUGACUCUCCUAUGCUGGAGUUAACUUUGGAAGAGAAGAAUCCUGAAAUACUGCGACUUUCUACUUUAAUUAAUUUCAAAGAAAAUCACUUGAUGAAUGCCCAGCAGACUUUAUCAGAUUUGAAACUAAAAUAUGAAAACCAUCUGAGAAGCACAAAGAAUGGAUUAUCGUCCAAGGCAGAAGCUCGAAAGGUUCUACAGGAAAGAAUUUCUAAUACAUCUUUUACAAAUGCUUCAAAGACAAUUGAAGACAUUGAAGAUAGAAUACGGAUACUAAAUCAAGACCUUCAACUUCAAAAUGAAACAGUUCGGAAUGAAGCUACAUUUUCCAGGUCAAAGCAGAAUGGAUAUGUAAUGUACAUCAGGAAUACUUGGAAUCAGGUGGAUAAUCAGAAGAAAGAGAAUGAGAAGCUGCUUUUGGAAAUUGAAACUGUCAGACAGCAAUCUUUCAACAAAAAUGGCUCUGAUCCAGUAUUGGCCAUGGAGAACCAGAAACUGAAGGAAAAAAUGAAGACAGAUGAACAAUUGUUUCAGACAAUGGGAAUAAAAAUUCAAGAAUUAAAAAUGGCAUUGACCACAAGCCAGGACACCAACAAACUGCAAGAAGGUAAAAUCAAGCAAUUGCAGACAGAGCUGAGCUCCAGAACAUCAGAGAACAAGCUUGAAGAUCUUCAGACUUCCUUAUUGAAAAAAGACAACCAGAUUAAUGUUUUGGAAGAGGCUGUAAAGCAGUUGCAGGCUAAGCUGGAUGUAGGAGCUCAACCUUAUGAAGAAAUGAAAGAGCUGAAAAAUCGCUUGUUUAUAUUGGAGAUGGAGAAGGUUAAAGAAAGCAACAAUUAUGAAAAGCAGAUUAGUUCUCUAAAAGCCAGCUUGGAGCAUAACAAAGAGCUGUGCCGACAAACCAAGGAAAAGCUGCGACGAUAUCAACAAGAACAGGAUACCACAAUUAUGUUUGAAAGUAAUAAUGAGAAAAGUUCUACUGAUGAAUCUCUAACAUGUGGUGGUGGAAGUGGAAUAGUUCAGAAUGCACUGGUACUUGUAUUAAAGUCUGAAAAAGCUAAACUUAUUCAAGAUCUAAAUUGCGUCAAAAAGGAAAAUGCACGCCUUGCAAGGACCACGUCAGAGUUAAAAUAUGAAAAUGCUAAAUGGAAAGACAGGGCAUUAAAGCUUCAAGGGAAGGACAGAGUAUCAUCAGAACAUCAACGUGAAAAUGAUCCACCUACUUUGACUCCAUGUCCAGAAGAGGACGUAACUCCUUGCUCAUUAACGGAACAAUCAACAGUGCCAAAAAAAAUUAAAACUUCAGAAUUUCUUCUUCCUGCAAUCAAAACUGGUGCCAAACAAGAUGAAAGUUCACUCACUUCAGAAAAAAUGCUAAUUCUUGAUUCACCUAAAGCAUCAUCAUUUGGCACAGAAUCAAAGUGGCUAUUGCCUCACUCCAAAAUUUUUGAUAACUCCCAACUAGGUUUCUCAGAAGCUGAAAGUCCUCAACGAAAACCUAAAUUUGAUGAAAAUGAACGUGUUGACUGGUGGCCCAAACCCUCUGCUUCAGAUCCUCAAUGUAAAAUGCAAUGAAAAUUGACCAAUGGAGAGUAUGAUUAGAUGAAAAUCAAUCAGAUGGAUUCAUUGUUGUUCUGUGGAAAGCUAUUGUGCUGCUCUCUGAACAGUUAUUUGAUUGACAGUUUGCUUGAGCCUUACAACUCCGAUGGUCCAUUGAUACACUGGGUGAUGUAGUAAUAAGGCUUUUCUUCUAACUGCGGUGAAUAAGACUACAAAAUGCUGAUAUUGGAUGCCUACAUUUGGAAUACCUUGUUCCUGGCAUUGGUAUUUCUGGUUUCUGAUUUUGUAUUAUUUUCAGCAAAUGCAUAAGUAGCAACAGUACUUGCAUCAAAUGAACAAAGAUAAUAGCUUAAUUGUGUGGAGUAUUUUCUGUAUCAAUGCUGUACCAAUUUAUGUAGCACCAAUUGAACAACUUGCUUUGAUAAUAUACAUAUGUACACAUUUAUACUAAAGAAUCUAUUGAAAA